AUGAUUUUCACGGAUUUAAGAGGAACAACAAAAGAAACAAAUGAAAAAAGAGGAACUACUAUCAUUUAUCCCAUUAAACUGUUAAAAGAUGAAAAAGAAAAUUAUACUUUUGUUCAUAAUCCUGAAACCAGUCAUUAUCAUACUCGUGGAAUUGAAAUUGGAAUUUCAGGUAUAUGUAGAUUUGUGGAGUAUUCUGAUGAUAGUGAAAGUUCCGAUCCAAGAAUUUAUGUGACUGAUAACAAAUGUUUUGUUUUAAAGAAAUUCGUAAUAUUAAAUUUUCAUGAUUCAUUAGGUUCUUCAGAAAUAUCUGAUUGUGUGGAUAUACUUCUCUCUUGUGUUUAUGAUAAAUACUUUCUGGUUGAGCAAUAUAAAAAUAAUGUACAAUUGCUUGAAGUUUACGGUCUAGCAAAAAUGAAAUUGGAAACUAUCACAAAAAGAGUCGAAAAUAGUCAAAAUAAACUUACAAGAAAGUAUAAUAGAAAUAUUUUCUCAGUUAGUAAGAACAAAUUAUACCUUUGCUUUACACGAAGAAUUCAAUCUGUCAAGAUUACAAUGAGAAAGAAAUCUAUACCAUUACCAAUUGAUACUUAA